GAUAAAAUAAGAAGAAAAAAAAAGGCAGUCAAAUUAUGGGGUAAUCAUUCCAAAUGAAAAAGGAUGAGGAUUAGCUUUCUCAUAGCCUCAUCAUAUGUGUCAUCAUGCACACCUUUGUGCUUUCUUUGCCAAUUUCUUUCUUUCUUUCUUUCUUUCUCUCUCCUCCCACUUCUCAUACUCCCUUCAACUUUAACUUUUCACCGCCAUCCACAACACUAUAAUUAUAUUAUUCUCAAAUAUGUCCGACCAAAAGCAAAGGGUAAAACCACCACAUUGUGUGUUUUUGAAGUUUGUGUAUUUUCUUACAGAAAAAUUAGAUAAUUUUAUGCAAGUAAGAAAGAGGCAGCUAAUCCUCAAAAGCCUCCAUUCUUAAAUUAUUAUUAUUGCAUACAACUAUUAUAAUUAUUGUUAUUAUUUAUUUGAAUAAAAACAUUUUCUUUAAAUUAAACUACUACACCUAUAUCUUUCAGCAUAUAUAACAAGGUGUAACCUUCUUUCCUAGUGUUAGUUUUCACUUAAUCACAUCUUUAAUUUUCCACUUUAUGUCUAUAUCAUAGAGAAAGAAAGAAAGAGAGAAACUCUAUCAAUAUUUCCAUCAUCUUUAGAUAUUCAAAUUUAAAUCACAAAUCUUUUUAUCCUUUUUUUAAUUUGCUCCAUUUUUAAGCUAAGCUUCAUAAUUAAGAUUUCUCUCUUUAAUCUAAGCAUCAUAAUUCGUUUUAGCGAAAACUUUCCUAAACAAUGGCUGAUCAAGAAGUAAUUACAAAUGGGUUUCUACUAACACCAGUGAUUGGAUCAACUAAUGAUCCUCUUCCUCCUAAGAAGAAGAGAAACUUACCAGGAAAUCCAGAUCCAGAAGCAGAAGUAAUAGCUUUAUCACCAAAAACCCUAAUGGCAACCAACAGAUUCUUAUGUGAAAUAUGUGGGAAAGGGUUUCAAAGGGAUCAAAACCUACAACUUCAUCGUCGAGGUCAUAACUUACCAUGGAAGCUCAAGCAAAGGACUAGCAAAGAGCCAAGGAAGCGCGUCUAUGUUUGCCCUGAAAAGUCAUGUGUUCACCAUCAUCCUUCUCGAGCACUCGGUGACCUUACCGGCAUUAAGAAGCAUUUUUGUAGAAAGCAUGGUGAGAAAAAAUGGAAGUGUGAGAAGUGUAAUAAGAAGUAUGCUGUUCAGUCAGAUUGGAAGGCUCAUUCCAAAACAUGUGGAACUAGGGAAUACAAGUGUGAUUGUGGGACUAUUUUCUCAAGGAGGGAUAGCUUCAUUACGCACAGAGCCUUUUGUGACGCCUUAGCAGAAGAAACAGCGAGAAUGAACGCAGCAAGCACCCAUUUCAACCUUAAUGCCGCGGUAGCAUCAAACAAUAACCUCAACUACCAUCAUAUGAUGGGGUCUAAUAUCGGACCUGCAGUCGCCAUGGCACAACAUUUUUCUUCCAUUUUUAGGCCUCUUUCAUCAUCAACUAAAGAUGAAAUCGCGCUUGAUCAACAUCAAAACCAAAGGGGUGGAGUAUUUCCCUUGUGGUUAGGUAACCAAUUAACUCAACCUGGAGGAGGGUAUGAUACAAUUCAAAACUCUACUAAUAAUAUAUCCAUCCAAGCCCAUAAUAUACAACAACACCUUAGCUCCACUAUCAACUCCUUAAAUUCCCAUAAUACCCCUCUAGGGGUCCUGAGUUCGAAUCCUCAUCAGUCUGACGAUAAUAACUACCAUCAUUUAAAUUGGGUAUUUGGAAGUAAAAUAUCUAAUAAUAAUAAUCCACAAAAUAACAAAAAUAUUGGUGAAGAACUAGGUGUAUUAACCAAUGAAAUUACUUCAACUACAACUAAUACUACUACAUCACUUCCUUCAUUAUACAGCAUUCAUCAUCAAACAUCCCCAAAUAAUUCUUCCCACAUUAUGUCAGCCACAGCAUUACUAUACAAAGCUGCUCAAAUGGGCUCUACUUCUUCUACCAAUACAAAUGAUGCAUUUUUCGAUGGAAACUUUGGCUUAGUGAAGGAAAAUAAUAAUGAAAUAGAUCACAACAACUUCAACCGGAGCGGUUCGGUUUUUGGUACUUCAAACUCAACCACCACCAAUGCUGGGAGCGAUGUCGAGGGUUCGGUCGAUGAUCUCUCUACCAUGACAACAAUGUACACUCCUAACCCAGCCAAGCGUCAGAAGUUGGUCAAUGAUCAUGUAGACAGUCAUACUCAAAGAGGUGUAGGAGUAGGAAGUGGAGGGCAAACUCGGGAUUUCUUAGGUGUCGGUUCACAACCCGCGGCCGUGUGCCAGCAGCCGUCUUCCGUCAACGGCUGGAUUUGAAGCUUGAGAAGAUAAAGGACAAUGAAGAUAAUGGUUGAAGGGUUAGUUGUAUCCUAAAGGAGUUUCUUUAGGGUGAAGGAAAGAGGUGUUUUGUAAAGUUGUUAAAAGAAUUAAUUAGUUUAUGGGUUGCCUAAAAAGUUUGAUGAUAAUUUGUUGGAAAAUUUUAGCUUAAAGGAAGAUCCAUGCAUAUUCUCUUGAACCCUCAAAGCUGCACCUAUUAAGAAAAUGGAUGCUUUUUUUUUUUCUUUUUAAUAUAUAAUUUAUUUUUAUUAGGAUAAUAAUGGUUUAGUGGUGGGGGAAAAAGCAAAUUAUUCUUCCUUUACAUCACUAUUAUUAUAAAAAAUGUUUCAAUACUCUCAACCUAUUGUGGGUGGUCUUUUCAGAUUAAAAAGUGCACCUCUAAGUGGACUAAAAAGGCUCUACCGUAUAACUUGCAUUGUUCAUGCAGGUGUCCAUAUGCUUAAUCCUCCCCUGCACUUAAGA